AGAAUAAUUUCUUCCUUGUAUUUUAUGUUGACUAAUUUUUAAAUUGGAGUGGUGGUCUCUCCAGUAUCCAUACCACGUUACAAUUUGGUAUUUAGUAGACAACGAGCAUGGCAAAAAAUAAUUCAUGCGUGUUGUUAGGGUUCGACGAUGAAAUAAUUAGCGACAAGUACAGAGGACAACUUAAUUUCACUGUCAACAAGAUAGGUGGAAAUCCGGAUUUUCCAAGCAAUGUUAAACUAGAGCCACCCAGAUGUCCACUGUGCCAGUUGCCAAGACCACUAGUGAUCCAGAUUUAUGCCCCACUAGACAACUCGGUUUUUCACAGAACUCUCUAUUUGUUCGCUUGCAUUAAUCCGAACUGCUGGAAUUUAAGCGAAAGUUGGCUCUGCUUACGUUUGCAAACCGAAGAAAAGGUUUCGGACAGUACUGAGGAAACCACAUCGGUCGCCACCAAAACCAGCACUACGGAUUGGUGCACCGGUGCCGACGAUUGGGAAGACGACAACAAUGCUAAUUUUAACGAAGAAAACGGAAAUGUUAUUAAUAACUUGGAAAGAGUUUCCGAUGAGGACGACGAGAGUUGCUCAUUGGAGGAUUCCAUAAGGUCUGGGUUUGGGAAUAUGAAUAUAGAUGAUCACAAUGCUAAUAACGGGGCUAACGGCGGUGCUGUAGGUCGCCUCCACUCCCCCGCAGCCACCGCCGAGAUAGAGGGCAACGAGGACGAAGUAAUCAGCAUCGACACCCCCACCUUCCCCCAGCACAACAUAGUCGACCUGCUCCAGGAAGUGACUCCACUCCCUCACGACGUCUGUCAAAAUUUUCAGUCCGAUUCUAGAAGGUCUUCCCUACUACAGUUCACUUCGUACUUUAUGUCGGUCUGGGAGGAGACGGCAGGCAGCAGUUCCUCAACGAUCAGCGACAGGCACGUGAAGGAGUUGCUACAGGACUACCAACAGAGAAAGGAAGAGAAGACGAAUUUGGGUAGUCCCGAAGGGGGAGGCGCCGCUGCUGUGGAGGCAGACACCGGGUUCGAAAAGUACGAGAAGAGUAACCCGGCGCAUGGCGAUAAGAUGUUCCACCACUUUCUCUCGAAGGUACAAGCUAACAGCGGUCAGAUUCUGAGAUAUUGCAGGGAAUCCGACCCUUUGCUUCUGUGCCCUUUGCAAGAUCCCCCAAAGAAAUGCCAAUAUUGCCAGGGGGAUGUAGUUUUCGAGUUCCAGCUGAUCCCGACCAUAAUUUCCAAACUCAAAUUAGUCACGGAUCCUAAACCCUGCGCCAGAUUGGAAUUCGGUACGAUCCUGGUCUAUACUUGUAGGAAGAGCUGCUGGUCAACCGACGCGACUGUGAGAGUUGAGACUGUAAUUUUGCAAACGGAAGUGUAUUAAAUGCGGCGUACGAUCCAAGAGAAGUGACGGAACGGAGGAGGAUAGGACGUCCAAAUUUUUUUAGAAUAGACGGUUUGUGUUUUUUUAUUUAUGAUUUUUGUUGAAAUUUAUUUCUCGUGGCAGGUAUUUCGGCGCAUACUUACCUAGAAACUUCCCUAUUUAUGUAGAAAAAAUACACUUUCUGUAGGUACAUCAAUAAUAGACUUGCAAGUAUGCAUAUUGCGUUUUUACAUGUAUUUUAAAUAAACUUAUCAAACAGAG